UCUAGCCCUUCCUCUCCCGCUGCACGUGGGCUUCUGGUGCUGAUGAACUGUCAGAAGUGCACGCAUGCGCGAUGCGAUGAUGGGAAUUUCCAACCGCGGAGGAGGCGUAGCUAGCCAAGGCUAGCUUCACUUAAAGCUUGGAGAUGGUUCAGAAGACUCAUACCAUGAUGACUGUGUCCUCAUGUGCUGAGUGACCUUGAACCCAAUACCUUUGGUGAAACCUUGGAAUGGGCAUAUAAGACUAGAUGCAAGUUUAAAUAAACAAAGCAUGAAGUAACGGCUCGUCUUGAUUUCUUCUAGCAUGACACAGGCCUGACCGGAGGACAAGUGCAGGCUUUGAGCCAGUGAACAACCUAGAGAUGCUCAUAAGAAGGUAUACCUGCAGGCUGCUGCCUAGUUACUCCAACUAAAGACUGCAAUCAGUUACAUCUUGUUAUUUGGUAAGGAUGUGCUGCUGAUUGGACAUUUGUCUGCCACGUCUCCCAAAAGUCAUCAACAGUGAGUGCAUGCCAGGGUGUAGAUUGUAUGAUGGCAGCAGACAAUGGUGCUUGAAUGCGGCAUCGUGGUGCAGGACAUGCUAAAAGGCGUGAGGCUCUCUGAAAAAGGUAUCACAGCUGACUGAUAGUCUGCUGCCGAUAAUGGAUGCAAAGCUAAAAGAGGACCUAUUUCGGAGGUAUGUGGCAGCACUGGAGAAGCGACUGGAGGAUGGAGUGGUAAACACGGGGAUUGGAGAUGUACCAGAGGGGGACAGAGGCAGACAUAAGGACAGUGAAGCGCUACUCUCCACAGCCACAGCUCUGCUAGGAGCCUACCAGCCAGAUCCGGGACAGCGUUUUCGAAUGGUGCGUUUCUAUGAGGUGGUGGAGAACUCACUUCGCUGCCAGAGAGGAGGCAACCUCAAGGGCUUGGAGAGGGCCUUCCACACCCUGGAAACUAUCUGCACCAACCUCUUGCUCUUUCCUUGGAAGAAGGAGUUCAGGUGUAUAAAGACCUUCACAGGUCCAUAUGUGUACCAUCUUCAGUCUGCCAUUUCUGAUGCUGAACUAAGGUCUCUUAUGCGCACCAUUGGCUACUCCCGUGACCAUGAAUCGCAGUUUCACUUGCGGGAGCACCCAGGGGGCGCAAACCAUCUCCGCCAGUUGGCUUUUGAGCUCUUCCUGGCCCAGGCAGAGUGUCGUCUUCUGGGAGAAGUCGUGGCUUUGGCUCGAGGUUCAGCCUCAGAGCUGGAGGCCCUGGAACUUCGCAGAGGUUGCAGGGAUGACGCAGCUGGCUGUGCUGAGGCACUCCGCAGACGGGAUAGCCUUGGGGCAGAUAUGGCGCGACUGUCUGUGCGGCCAAUGGAUAUAGAGCGACCUCAUCCCCACCACUUGAGGAGAGGUAGCCGACCAUCGAAAUCUGUGGAUGUUACAGAUGGGGCCGGUCACUGGCAUGCUGCAGCAGUCAGCAAGCCUGUUCUGAAGGCCUCAUUGAGUCUGAGAAAAGAGCCGCUGUUUGUGGACACAGAGGAGGACAUGAAGGACGAGAUCAUCAGGCCCAGCACUUCAGCAUCUCUUUUCUCUGUGGCAGCUCCACCUUCUUAUAGCCCUGUCGCUGAUUUCUUCCCAAUUCAGUCACCUCCUCCGGCUGAUGCAUACUCAUCCUACCACCUGUCCUCCUUGGAUGAGAUUGACUUGUAUACAGAGAGGGGUGGGGCUGGGAUAGGAGGAAGGCAGACCCCCUCUAGACCUCCAUCCAGAGAGCCUCGGGAGGCAAGGGAUGGGUGGCUGCUCAAAGCCCAUGGUAGUGUGAAGUGUCAGGGUUGUGGGCUGGGCUGUUCCACUAUGGCCUCCUGCCAGAGAUGUGACAUGAUCCUCUGUUCUGCUUGCCACGAUGUGGACCCCUCCCCUUGCUGUGGCCUGCAGGACUACCAUCCCAAGUCGCCACGGCCUCUCGACGGAUACAUCCCAGUGAAGGAAAAGCUCUCUGUCUACUCUAAUACUCACUCCCACUCCCACCUCCACCCUCACCCCCUCACACUGACCCACUCACACACUCAUCCCCACCCUCACCCCCAGAUGGUGGAGAAGCCGCUCAUGUCCACUAAGCUGUUUCCAAGCAAGUCUGUUGCCAUGGCAGCACCGAUGGGAGGCAACAGUGAGCGUGUAAGCGUGGGGGGAUCGCGGUGCGGGUUUUGUAACAAGCCUGGUGCGUCACACACCUGUGUGAACUGCUCCAAGGUGUCAUGUGACUCGUGCAUGGGCUUGUAUGCGAAGGAUGUGUGCACCCGUAAAAAUCCCCAGCACAGUUUUGUGCCCAACCAUCAGCUCAACUUCAAAUCUGGCACCAUAUCUCACCUGGUGUACCGAUGAACGAGGCACACAGAAUAAGUUGUUCUCUUUCUCCCUUGUAGUCCCUGCCCUUGAUCUCCAAUGUAGUCUUGCACUAUUGCUUUAGCUCUGUUCCCUCCCAAAACAACUCGCUUACUAUCUUCCCCUUAUCUGAUUCUCUCUCUCUCUCUCUCGCUCUCUUUCUCUCUCUUUCUUUCUCUCUCUCCCUCUCUCUCUCUGUCUUGCUCUCUCUUCGUCUGUCUCUUUCUCUUUCUCUUUCUCUCUCUCUCUCUCCUCUCAUUCUCUCUCUCCCUCUCUCUCUCUAACCCUCCUUUGAACUUUGUACAUUUUCUCUUACUAUCAGAAGUAGGGCCCUGGAAUGCACAUGCUACAGAGAGCCAUAUCGUCUGCCCAUCUCUCUGCCUUGUACAAGUUCAGGCCUUUUAUCUACUUCCUCUUUACCUUGCUACCUGCUCUUGAGUAGUCAUGUGAUGUUGUAGCGCUUCCCAAACCCUCAAAUUUUGUCCUCCUGAAAGGGAAAUUGGAGAAAAGAGAGCUUGAUUCCUUCUUGUUUGAAUGAAGUCCGUCCAAAUGAACAUAAAUACUUUGCCUAACUUCUCAGCUAAGAAUUCCUCUAAUAUAUAUAUAUAUAAAUAUAUAUAUAUAUAAAUAAAUAUAAAUAUAUAUCUGUGUGUGUGUGUAGAGAAGACCUCUGAACUUGCAUUGUGACAAAGGAGAUCUUUUUAAACUUGAAAAACAACGGGGGGUGGAAACAAAGCAGUAAACAUACACUGGAAGUCAAUAGUAUAUAUUUUUAAUCUCUUCUCUAGAACAAUGUGAGACUGUUAAAUGGGCAUGAGGUCUGGAAUUGUGAUUUUUUUGGGUAUAAACUUAUGUCUGUGGGGUUUGGGUGGGGUGAUAUUUUAAAGGGACAUAUUCAGACAAUGGUCAGAUGCCAUAUAGUCUAUUUAAAAAGGUAAUGCCUUGUAAAUUAACCCUCAAUUGUUUCUGGUUAGAUGACUGAGGUUUAAAUGCUGCUGUUGACUUGUGGACAUUGGAGAUAUGUGGUGUUGACUUCUUUCUGGUAAAUAACCUGUUGGGUUGUGUCAGUUUCAAGCCUCCCCUUCCAUUACACUCCAUUCCUCAAGCCUCCAUGGUCCAUGAUGUUGUACCCCUUACCACUCAGUGAUCAGUUCCCCCGUCAGUGUCUCAGGUGGAGUCAUAGGUAGUCUCAAGCUGGGCCACAAAGUGUCAUGAUUGUGGUUCUUUACUUUGAUGGUUUGUUUCUGAGCUUAUUGAUAGGUUUUUGGACAGCAUGAAGGCCUAUACUCUGACACGGUUUGUCCGUCUACCUCAAAUGGCUUCAGCUUAAUCACCAAUUUUGACACCACGGUUUUAAACUAGCCCUGGAAACCCUAUCAAGUAUUGUCUGUUGCAUUACUCCACAGUAAUUUGCAACAUGUAUUGGCUGAACAAACACUAACACCCCCUUGUAUGAACAGUCGAUUCAUUCACUUUUAAAGGUUAGCAGAGGUUAUUUAUUUUGUGAGGUUAUCCUGUGCCGCGCCAUCUGAAAAGUAUUCUGAUAAAUCUAUAAAUUUGUUUAAUGGGAGAAAAAGUGGGUGUAGAAGUUAUCAGUUUGACCUCUUUCAUGUCCCAAUGUAAAAGCAUGGAAUGCUACCAUAUGAUUUAAGUGUAACAAUUCCAUGCUUUUAUAUUGGCAAAUUGAUUGACAUUGUUCAACACUAUUGAUGAUUUCUUUUAACAUUAGAAGUACACACAGACUCUCAGGGCAAGGGAAAAAAAAGUGAUUUGAGAGCGAAGAAAAGGUUGAAAUGCUGCUCAUGCUAAUCAGUAUCUUGGCAGUUGGAUGCAGUUUCGGCAUACACACACGCACACACACGAUAGGGAGGAGUCCAAGCACAGAGCAAAUUAAUGUCAGUGUUAAAAAAUAUUAGAGUAAUUUCUCAUGAUACUUUGUGUUUUCAUGUUUAAAGUUCCUGAAAUGCUGUUGUGCAGUCUUUGAAUGAGGUGAUUUAGAUAGUGGUGCAUUUCAUAAGCGGGUCACUACCUUUUGCUAUGGAAAUUUUUUUUUUUUUUUUACCUUUAUUAUUGGUAUACUUUAAAGGGCAUAGAUAAUUGCAGGUAAAUAUUAUAAACUCUGCUAACAUUUAAAAUUGACUGUUACAAGGUUUUAGAGGGUACAUUACUGUUUAGCCUGCAAGUCACGAUGACAAAGGAGAAUGAAUGCAGUAUACUGGAUAGUCCAUAGUCACCAAGGGCUAAUUAUAAAUCAAAUCAUGAAAACUGUCUGUGAGUCGAGGUUAUUUUGAAAGACCACAUACGCUGCAGUAGCCUUUUUUUUUUGUUCUGGAAAGAAUAACCUUUAAAUGCCUUAAGCUUGUUCAGCUGUCUUACUUGAGACCUUUUUAAGUUGGUGGUAUUGUCAUCUAAUCGUUUCAUGUUUCAUGUCACAGUUUAUAGGGUAAAUUUUAGCGUGGUGAAUUUGCUGUUUGCUCCAUUUUUGUUGGCUACAUGCACUGAAGACAUAGCAUGUCCUGUAACAGCUGAGCAUAACUUUAAGAGUAAUUAAAAAAUACAAAUAAUUUUGGCGUAACCACAUCACAGUUUCUUACAUGAAGGCUAUAACAAACAAAUUCAGCAGAAAUUUACAAAAUGUGUAGCCCUAUAAAUAUGUGUAUGUGUGUAUAUGUAUGUAUGUGUGUGUGUGUCUGUGUGUGUGUCUGUAUGUAUAUAUAUAUAUAUAUAUAUAUAUAUAUAUAUAUAUAUAUACAGACACACACACACACACACUCAUACACAUGUGCAUGUGUAUGUAAUUUUUUCCUUUUACAUAUUACCUUAAACCUUCACCUUAAUACUAUGUUGAGCCUAGAUUUCUAGUAUGCCUUUUCUCUCUUUUUUGUUUGUUUCCCAUCUCUCACGUGUUACCUAAACACACCUAUUUGGUUGAGGCUUAAAGGGGAUAAUGUUUAAUUUCUUUCUACUUCUUUCUAUUUUCUUUCCUAUAGUGUUUUCUUUGUAUAGUAAGUGUUCAUGUGAAAAAAGACCAAGAAAAGAUGUUUCAACACUGA